AUGGAGGGCAGUGAGACAGUUGGGUCAUCAGUGAAUGCGGAUGAAUUUGUUGCCAUGUUCAGAUAUAAAACUGGGUUUCAAAUUGUGGAGCCUGCUCAUAUGGAGUUGGCAGAACCAUCAAUAACAGAUGCAUUUGGUUCAUGUGUUCAACAAGGAGCAAAUGGUGUGAUAGUAAGCGCCUUUUUUCUCUUUCCUGGACGGCACUGGCAUCAGGAUAUUCCUUCCUUAACUGCUAAUGCUGCAAAAGAGUAUCCUGGCAGAUCAUACAUCAUAACUGCUCCUCUUGGCUUGCACAAGCUCCUUGUGGAUAUUCCUUCCUUAACUGCUAAUGCUGCAAAAGAGUAUCUUGGUGUACCAUACAUCAUAACUGCACAAGCUCCUUGUGAUAAAGAGGAACAGGUUUCAGAGCGCGAUCCACAAGAUGAUUGUGAGUAGAUGUUAGAUUUCUUUAUUUUCCGUUUAUUUCCUUAUUCUUAUGUUUCUUUCAAAAUGAUGAAUUUUGUAAUGUUUUUUGUUACUUUUAAGUUAUUUGUGUAAGGAAUGUAAAUCUUGAACAUUUAUUACGCUUCUGCACUUUAAUUAUUUUUUAUUUUCUUUAGAUAUUUACGGGAUCAUUACAUAAAUCACCAAAAUAAUGACCACUACACUAGAAAAUUACACUUACUCCUGAUAUCAAUCAUAAAUAGGUAUAGAGUAUCAAUGUAGGAAAGAACUGCAAACAAACACGCUUUGUACAACCCUUCAGAAACUUUUAAAUAACACCACCCCCUUCAAAAAAACUUGGAACUUUGGAAAAUUUGCUUCAAUAAAAAAUGGGG